AUGACUGUAAUACAAAAUAACAACAAGAAGAGAAAGCACGAAGAAUCAUCACAAUUUCCUUCCGAUGAUGAAUUUUGUGAGGAUGGAAAAAUAAUGGACGAAUCGGAUUUAUUUGAAGAAUUGAUGGAAGUGAAUUGUAAAUUAAUUUCAUUGGCGAAAAAGGCAAAAGUUGUUGAUUGUCGUUAUUUUAUGUACAAUAGUGGAAUAAUUGAUGAAUUUAUUGGCAAUUUUUAUGAAUUUUUAAAACAAGCUGAGUUGCAACAGAAGAAGGCUGUAAAAUCCUCUUCGGAACAGUUUAAUUCGGAUGUUUUAUCAGAGAUUUAUCAAUUCUUGGAUACAUCAACGGUCAUACAUGGAUGUGGAUUGGUUUCUAAAUUGUGGAAUCAAUCAUUAAAGGGAUUGAAAUUGAAAGUCAGAGCUCAAAACAUUGACAUUUUAUUGAAUAGUUCAAUAAUUACAAACAUCACUCAAUUGGAAUUGGUUUCUACCACUGAUGAAACAUUUAAAUUACUUUCAAAUUGUAGAAAUUUGGAUAAACUGAACUCAUUAGAUUUGUCAAGUAAUAAGUUAGAAAAGGCAUCCAUUGAUCAUUUAAUUAAAUGUCAUAUGCCAAAUUUGACAGAAUUGAAUUUGGCUUAUAUCAAACAAUUUACAGAAACAGCAGCAAUAGAAUUGUUAAACAGCCGUUUUAUGAAAAGCAUUAAGAAAUUGGAUUUAUGUGAAUCUUUAGAGAAUUGUUCAAAGAAUUUAUUUGCUUCCAUUUCACAAUCAAAAAUUUUGAAUCAAAUCACCCACUUGAAAAUUAAUAGGUCCACUUAUAAUAGAUACAUAACGGACAAAGAGCAUGGAAUUGAUAUUUUCUUGAAUGAUAAAUUCAGUUUAGAACAUUUAGAAACAGUACAUUACCAAUUGGAUGUUCUUCCUAAUUUAUUAACAAAUGGAAAUUAUAAGAAUUUGACCUCACUUGAUAUUUGCAGUUGUAAAAUUAGAAAUCAAGUAUUUGCAGAUUUGAUUGUUUCACCAAAUUUACCCAAUCUCACAAGUCUAAAUGCUACGUAUUUGCGUGAAGUGGAUGACGACAAAUCAGUUGCAGAAUUUCCUCCAAAUAGUGAAAGUUCACUUACUGAUUUGGAUUUGGGUAACUUCAGAGUAGCAUCAUUUCCUAAACUUGUUGAUCAUUGUCCAAAACUAAAGAAACUCAUAGUUUAUCCAGCAAAUACCGAUGAGGAAUCAAAGAAAAUACUUCUCAAUAUGAUGAAAUCUCCAAAUUUAUCUAAUGUAGAAUAUUUGGACAUAUUAUGUUGGAACGAAACAUCAGAAAUUAUAUUUACCAAUCCAAUCUUGUCUAAUUUGAAGGAAUUACAUUUAUCACCACUUCAUUAUGAUGAUACCGUAGACGUAAAAUUAGUAUCAAAUUGUACAAAUUUGAUAAAUUUAACAACGUUAAUACCUUAUACUGACAUGGUAACUAAAGAGUGCUUACAGGAAUUCAAGAAGAAUCCAACCUUUGCAAAAUUGAAUAUACGAGAUUUUAUGGGACGACCAUUGAUGAUUUGA